CACAUAACACCAUGGCUAACUACCUCGCCUCUAUCUUCGGUACCGAGCAAGACAAGGUCAACUGCUCCUUUUACUACAAGAUCGGUGCCUGCCGUCACGGCGACCGCUGUUCGCGCAAGCACGUCAAGCCCUCGUACUCGCAGACGAUCCUGAUGCCGAACAUGUAUCAAAAUCCCGCCUACGACCCCAAAAACAAGAUGAACCCGAGUCAGCUGCAGAACCACUUUGAUGCCUUUUACGAGGAUGUGUGGUGUGAGAUGUGCAAGUACGGCGAGUUGGAGGAGUUGGUUGUUUGCGAUAACAACAAUGACCACUUAAUUGGCAAUGUCUACGCCCGGUUCAAGUACGAAGAAGACGCACAGGCUGCCUGCGAUGCGCUCAAUUCUAGAUGGUAUGCGGCGCGACCGAUAUACUGCGAGUUAUCACCGGUGACGGAUUUCCGAGAAGCGUGCUGUCGGUUGAAUAGCGGAGAAGGUUGUGUCCGUGGAGGGUUCUGCAAUUUCAUCCAUCGCAAAGAUCCCAGCAAUGAGCUGGAUCGGGAUUUGCGUUUGAGCACGAAGAAGUGGUUGAAGGAACGCGGUCGUGAUGCUCGGAGUGUCAGUCGCAGCCCCAGUCCGGAGCCUACUCGGCGGAGAUACUAGCUUGUGUGCUCGUUGGGAAAAGAUUCCGUGACCUCUAAGGCUCAUUUUUUCUUUUCUUAUUUAUUCCUCUUAAUCAUCAUUUUUAUACGAUUCGCGGCGUUUAUCGGGGAAAUCUGAACCUCAUGACAUUGUCACUUGUAUUUUCGAUUCCCAUCUUUUUGAAUUUGGUCGUCUUUUCCUUUUUAAUACCAUGGUGUCUGUGAUGCUAGUGCGUCAAUAUGGAUGAGAUUAUCAUCUUAUAAAUUGGAACAUGUUGCUCGAGUCAUAUUCACUAAACAAAGAAGAUCCCGGGGGCUCU